AGGCAACGGGCGACCUGUCUUCGCUUCGGCCGCCCGCCCAGCCCCCAACCCGAGUCUCGUCAGCCGAGACGAAAGGGUUAAUUUGAGUUGGAAUUUCAUUCCACAUCUGUCAGAUUUUUUAACCCGGUGACGCGCUUAACCGAGGGAGCGAGAGAGCGAAAGGGAGGGGGAGAGAGAAACAGACAGACUGAGAGAGAGAGAGAGAGAGAGAGAGAGAGAGAGUUGGAGGGGAAAUCGAUGAGGUGACAGUCUGAGAGAAACGGAGGUUUAAAAAAAUCACACGAAGGACAGAGGAAUAGAAAGAGAGAAAAAGAGCUGAGGGAAACAGGAAAGUGAGGCUAUCGGUUUACGCAAAAAAGGGCAAAGAAUAACCGAGGGGUCGGAGAGAAGAGCGCGGGGUUCGCAGUCGACUGCUUGGCCUCUCGUUCCAGCUCAUAUCGCCUGCUCUUCAAAAGGGAGGGCUGACCAAUUGUGUGGCGCUCGGCGGACGAACUGGCCGUAGGGGGUAGAGAGGAGCUAACUCAGAUUAAACAGCGACCCGAGAAAAGAUACCGAGGAUAUCUGCUGCUCCCCUCCAUUCUCCCAACGGAGAUAAAUGGGGGAAUUGUCUGCAAUUUCUGACUGCCGGGUUGUUGUCGUUCGGUGUUCGGUUCGUCCACAUUCAGUAACCCACGCGACGCCGUGGACUUUGAACAACAUCCACGCCGUUCGUCGCUGAUGUGUUAUGAGGUAAGAUAUCCAAACGGGGCUGAUGCUCCAACGCUCGUGACUGACCAGACUCGUUGAAUAUUCCCAGAACCGAGAGAGGGAAAAGGAAGGAAACUUUAUUAUCUGUUUUCAAAUCCACCCUUUAUAGCCAUUGUUUAAUAUAGAACGCGGACGCCUCCGUUGUGGACAGCACUGUAUUUUUCCUCGUGCACCACAAUUGAUGCCUUCAUUUUUAUUUUCAUUUUUUUUAGCCAAAUGUGCAGUAGAACUACGGACAAAGGGGAGAGCGGCUCGCAGUCGCGUGCAAUAAAGGUUGCACGUGUAAUAUUCUGUGUCCAAUAGCUACGUCGAGGGGGACGGUUCAUGAAUACGUCCUAAUUUGCAUAGAAGCAAGUAAACUUUUGUCGCCCGCGCAGGCUGCCAAAACAAGAGGCCGUGCAACUGCCAAGAAAGAAAUGAGGAGCACCCGCUACGCGAGAUUCGAGCGUCGUCAAGUGAAUACUUAAAUACUACGGGCAUUGACUCCACUGAACCCAGUGAGCAUUUGAGUUUGAUUACAGCUCAAGAAACCGGCGUGAUGGACUUACCGGAGAAUACUGACACUCCAGUCAAUCAUUAAUUUAUCAGUUCACAGGGCUGAAAACCCGUCUAAUGAAUAAUCAAUAAAUCCAUAUUUUAGUUGAGGAGGAGAGCGAGGGAGAGACAAGAGCGUCUUUAACGGACAAGCAGACGAAAAAAUCCUGAGUGAGAAAUCGAUUUGAGCCGAAAAUAAUAACAAUAAUAAUAACAACAACAACAACAACAACAACAACAACAACAACAACAACAAUAAUAAUAAUAAUAAUAAUAAUAAUAAUAAUAAUAAUAAUAAAACAAUGGAUGUAAAUUUGGGGGAGAUGUCUGUCCACGGCCACGGAAACCUCAUGCAUCACGCUCAGGACGGACGGACGAUGCUGCAUUCCAGGGACCUCUCCGCCGUUUUUCCCAGGCCUCCCAUGGUCGAGUCCUCCAUGGCCCUGGAGGGCCCAGAGCACCGGCCGCCGGGGCUGGAGCACUCCCUCUCGGCGCUGGGCUACGGGGGGGACUCUCCGACCAGCAGCGGGAGCACGUACACGACCCUGACUCCGCUCCAGCCGCUGGAAGACAAAUUUCAUCACCACCACCACCAUCACCAUCACCACCAUCCCUGCCUGCCUGUCAGCAACGUCAUCGGCAGCUUCACGCUCAUGCGCGAGGACCGCAGCCUGGCGGGCAACUUUUACAACCCUUAUGCCAAAGAGCUGGGGAUGCCCCAGGGCCUGUCCCCCCCUCCUCCCGCAGGGUCAGGCCUUGGGACAGUCAUGCACGGUUACAGCGGCCUGGGCAACGGCACCGCGAGCAACGGAGGACAGAUGCUCUCCGGCUACGAGGUCCACAUCGGAGGCGGGGGAGGCGGGAAUCUGUUCGGCAGGACGCCAGAUUUCGCCCGUGAGAUGUCCCCGCAGCCACCGCCACCGCCCGGUGGCGAUUCGGGAGUGGGUCACCAGCCCGGCAAGAUGGACGGACCCCAGCACGAGCACGGCCACCACGCGCACGUGUACGGCCACCACCCGUUUCAGCACCACCACAACCACCACCACCCCGGACAGCAGCGGUCCUCCGUCGCUCCACCAGGCGACGCCUUGUCUCCCGGAGCGCAGGGCGGGGGCGGGGAGGAGAUCAACACCAAGGAGGUUGCACAGCGAGUCAUCACGGAGCUGAAGCGGUACAGCAUCCCCCAGGCUAUAUUCGCCGAGCGAAUUCUGUGCCGGUCGCAGGGCACCCUGUCCGACCUACUGCGGAACCCCAAACCGUGGGGGAAGCUCAAGUCCGGGCGCGAGACCUUCAAGAGGAUGUCCAGAUGGCUUCAGGAGCCCGAAUUCCAAAGGAUGUCAUCGCUGCGGCUAGAAGCCUGCAAGAGGAAGGAGCUGGAGCAGGGGAAGCUGGAGCGGAUCCAGGGCCCCAAGCGGACCCGCCUGGUGUUCACGGACCUGCAGCGGCGCACCCUGCUGGCCAUCUUCCGCGAGAACCACCGGCCCACCAAGGACCUGCAGGUGACCAUCUCCCAGCAGCUGGGCCUGGAGCUCUCCACCGUCAGCAACUUCUUCAUGAACGCCCGCCGCCGGAACCUGGACAAGUGGGGCGACGAGCGUCGGCCGUCCUCCACCGGCUCCAGCGGCUCCGCCUCCGCUCUCUCCUGCAGCACGGCCUGAUGGGACGCCGCGCGGAGGUCCGGUGCUGGCGGAGGGCAGGGUGGGUGUAAAAGGGAAGCCCCCCCUUGCCCUCUACCCCCCCAACCCCCAAUCCUGUCCUUUCCCUCCCCAGGGUUGAUAAAAAAAAGUUUUGAGGCUUUGGUGGGGGGGGGGCUCCAUCCCAAAUUUCACCUGUUUUAUUUAGAGGGUCGUCCUCGUAGCACAUUUCAACCAAAAAGACCUCCAACCCUGAUCGACAACCCCACCCCCCCCCUUCCCCUGCAUUGGACUGUUCCUGACCUCAGAGUACACUGUUUUAAGAGCCGGUCUUUGUUAAUACUGGGAUUUUUUUUAAGGAAGGGGGAGGCGGGGGGUGUGGGCGGGCAAAAAGUUUGUUGGAAACUUCUUUUUUCCUCUGCGAAUCGAGCGAUGAACUGACCUAACCCGCUGCCGCACAUCUCCCCGGGCGGGGGGAGGAACGCUGUUGGGGAGGCCGCGGGAAGUCUUCGAGUCUUCGGCGGGGGCCGCUUGGACGGGACACGCAGCCCACGAGAUCUGAGGGAGGGGGGCAGGCACUGAUGUCAUACCCGGAGGGCGUCCGCUGACAGGGCUGGACAGCUCUGCCUCGAGGGCAAAGAGGAGCAGAGCGAGAGAGAAAGAGAGAGAGCAACUGUGUCAGAGAGAUAGAGAGAUGGAGCUGCGGACUUGUGAUGUCCAGCCAGGUCCUGAGGAGCCAAGGCCCC